AAUCACGACCCCCAUAAAGGCAACCCAGCCGCUAGUCCACCCGACCACCUUGCGCCUCCGCUCCGUUUCGAACCCCCCCCGUCACCGCCCUGUCCCCCAGCAAAACUCUAGGUCUCCGCCAUGAAGGGCAAGGCCGACGCCUCCACGAAGGGCGAGAGCAGACUCAAGGCCGCCGGCGGCGCCGGCAAGCGGAAGAAGGCCGCCGCGAGCGGCAAGCCCAAGCGCCCGCCCUCCGCCUUCUUCGUCUUCAUGUCUGAAUUCAGACAGGAGUACCAGGCGCAGCACCCAGACAACAAGAGCGUCGCCGCCGUGAGCAAGGCAGCAGGCGGAAAGUGGCGCGCUAUGUCUGAGGAAGAGAAGGCACCAUACCAGGAGAAAGCUGGGCAGAAGAAGCAGGACUAUGAGAAGAGUAAGGCCGACUUCAAUAAGAAGGAGAGUACAAGCUCAAAGAAGGCUAAGACUCAGGAUGACGAGGGUGAAGGCUCUGACAAGUCAAAGUCUGAGAUCGACGACGAUGAUGAGGAGGAAAACGAGGAAGAUGAGUAAAUAGUGUUUCCAUGGUUAUGAGAUAGCAAAUUGGGUGUUAGGUCCCUGAUUAGCUUACUGGUUUGCUAUUUUAAGUUGUUGGGAAUAGGUGUGUACGAAGGGGAUCUAUUGUUAUGUUUCAUGAGGUUGUUAGUUUAGUGCAUUAGCAAAGAAAAAGCCGAAUGCUGCUAGCUGCUCUGUUGCUUUUCUUUUGCUAACCACUUGUGUUACAACCUGUUGGACCUGUUUCGAUCGCUAAUACAAUGACUAGUCAGCUAUUA